AUGGAAGGCCUCAAGCACAUCCCCAUAUUCAAAGAAAAAUUCGACCAGAUCAAAGCAAGAUUCCUCCAAAGCCGUGCUGAUGCAGAAGCAAACGAUCCCCUCCUCAACCUUGCAAAAAUCACAAAAAGNUGCAUAGCAGACAUUAAAGACCGUCUCGCCUACAUCCAAGAAAGACGCGAGCAAAGAGCCGAAGAAGCAGAGCGAAAAGCCAUUGCCUUUGCAGCCGCACUCGCAGAAAGAAACAAGGCGAAAGAAACCGAAAAGACGACCAAGAAAGGCCAAAAACUGCAUAGGACAAGGAUAGAAGGUUGGAGAGAUGGAGUCAAGCAGCUAUCUACAUCAACAUCUGGUUCUGUACAGCAAAAGCAACAAAACCCAUCGCGUCAAAAUACAACAAAACGACCACUUGACAGCUCAUCUUUCGAACAAAUCACGAGCACCUCAACACCACUCAACAAACGUGUAAAAACAACCGCCCAAAACGACUCUUCCUCCCUAGUCGCCCCACCCACCAGCAGCAAAAAAUCAAUCCCCUGGCUCAGCACCCGCGCCUCCAUGGCCGGCGAAGACAUCUUCGCAGACGAAGACCGCCACUUCCCAGCCCAAGAAAUCAAUCUCAACAAAAGAAAAACCAUCCACGACAAAGACGAUGACGACGAGGCAGACGAGGAAAUUGACAGAGAGGAAGAAGACGCAAAUUCGGAAGAUUCAUAUGGUUCCACCAAUCUUACAGAGUUGGAGCAGCUGGCAGCCGUGGAAUUGGCUAUGGUGGGUGUGAUGACUGUUGUUGUNGCCUGGAAUGAUGAGGCGAUCAGAUCGGACUUGGGCAGAGAUGGAUGUUGA